AUGUCUCUUCCAGACCUUGCUGAGUCUGACAUCGAGUCUAUCUCGUCGACCAGCACGCGCAGCGAACAGGUGCCUACCGCGCAGACCGAGGGCGAACGCGUAGGGAACGUACCAACGGCAGCACACGAGGGUCCGAAACAUGCACGCUUCUUCUUCGAUGGAAACCUCAUUACAUUCUUGGUCGAGGGCACCCUUUACCGAGUUCAUGAAUAUCUAUUCACGACAAACUCUACCUUCUGGGCUGACAAACUUCGCGAGCGGGAAGACAAGACGGCUGUCAUCGAACUGGAAGAUGUUGUCUCGCGUGACAUGGAUGCUCUUCUGAGUAUCCUCUACGAUGCGAGCUUCCACCAAUAUGACUUGAAGACGUCAGAGGCCUGGGAGUCAGUUCUACGUUUGGCGACGCGCUGGAAGUUUGACAAUAUUCGCUCCCUUGCCAUCCUCAAGCUCGACCCACUUGCACCUCCGAUACAGCAGCUUGUCAUGGCGCGAGCUUUCGACGUGCCCAAAUGGCUUCAACCAUCCCUCGUCGCUCUUUGUAUGCGGUCCAGCCCACUCACCGUAUCAGAGUGCAAGCAGCUUUCGCCUGAGGACAUCGUUUCUAUCAUGUCUACGCGUGAAGCCGUACGACAGAAGACACAAUCGACCCCGAACGAGCAGGACGUGUCGUCCUACGUCGCUCGACACGUAUUGCACACGGAGCCCAUCGAUCCCCCCUCCAAAGCGGCGACGUCUACCUUGAAGACUACAGCACAUGCUGCUACUCUCACUCCAAAGGCAUCGAUAUCUUCGGCAACCAGACCACUAUCCUCGCUUUCUCUCCCUCCUAUCAAACCAGUGGCAACCGUGCGACCGGUAGCAGCCCCACUCUUGAAGGUGCUUGAUACUCCUGCGUUCUUAGCCAUCCCUUCGGCGCAAAAUAUACAACACCUACUGGCAGCGGUUAACAAAUCGGAUUUCGACUCUCUGCUCUCUAUGGCAACCGAAGAUGGAACCAAGGCAUUCAUCGAUGCACUGAGCGAUUUCACCGCCAUAAAGCAGGAUUUCACUCUCUGCGAGAAGCUAGUCAUCGCCAUCCUACGCCGUAGCUCAAAGUACUCGACUUUUGUCCCCGUUGGUGCACGACUGUUAUCUUCAAUGUCUGCCGUAGGCCAACUGUACUGCGGUCCCUCCGGCAUUCAUCUGAAAACCUUCUUGACGAACCGCGCGACCCUCUCGGAGAAAACGGACGAGGCAAUGAGUCAAAUCAGGUCGCGUUUCGGAGAUUUCACACUCGCCGUACAACAUGUUACGAGAACGCGCACGCCGGGAUCUCCGCAUGCCUUCUUCGAUAUUCUAAGUGCAGGUGGCAUAUCACGACUCGACGCAGCGCUCUACGAUGAGCGGUAUGCCAACUUGAAAGGCCUGUUCUCACGUCUUAGAGCAGAGCAUGUUUUAUAG